AUGUCCUCUAACGACCAGUCAGUCUUCAACACGACAGCCACGCUCAAGCGCGUCUCGCGGCUGCCGCCAGCCACGGACCGGGACCGUGCCGUGCGUCUGCUGCUGCAUGACCAUGACUUUUUCGUGCACUGCGGGCCGCACAGCGUCGAGUGGGAGGCGGUGCCGGCCGAUGAGGAAGCCCGGCUGGCCGAGGCGGCGCUGGACGCUGACGCCCAGGGGGUGCAACCUCUGUCAGCGGCGGUGCGUGAUGCCCGGAUGGCCGUGAGGGACGCCUGGGCGGCAGAGGUGGCAGAGGAGACAGAGGAGGCAGUGCACGAAGCCGCGGACAAGUGCAGUGCGCCACUGAGCCGCACGUACAACGUGACGGACGUCGUACACACGCUGCCGGCCGGGAUCUGGGACUCGCGGGUCGUCAGCACCUACGAGAUGACCAACCUGGAGGACGGCGUGUUUGUGCGGGUGCGCUGUCCCUUGUCGAUUGUCAUGGACACGACCUGGUCGGUGGAGGUGGCAAAGGCGGAGGAGGAGGAUCUGGGGGACGAGCUUGACGUUGAGGCUGAAGCCCAAGACAAGGCUGAGCCCGAGACAAAGGCAGAUGAGCAGCCAGGGGCCCUCGAGCUACACGAGGAGAUCGUCAUCUACUGCUCACGGCUGCUGAUCGGCACGGUCAAGAGUCUGUGCGAGAACGGCUGGCAGGAGAUCCACAAAAGGAUGAUAGCACGGCUAGACGAGGCCGAGGACGGAGGGGGGAGAGAGAAGGGCCGAAAGGGGGAGAGGAAGAAGGAGGAGGUGAGUGAGGAGAGCGAGGAGAGCGAGGAGAAGGAGGACAAGGAUCAGGGACACGAGGAAGGCAUGGAGGUCAAGGUGGCGGCUUAG